AUGCAAUUUUUGACCGCCAACAUCGUGCUAUACAUCCGCAUAGCCUUCUUGCUAUGGUUGGCUUUCAUGCUCAUCAAGAACCCCUUGGCUCUCACCAACGCCAACUUUUCCAUUCUUUUGGGCCAGGCUAUGCGUUUGCCUACCAUCCAGGUGACCACGACCAACCCACUUUUCGGUCUCAUUGCCGUGUUCCUCUCAAGCUACGCCUUGAGUGACUUGGUUCCCCUCUUGUCGGAGAACAUCCCCUAUUUCGAAAAUCUCGUGCCCGUGCGUUUGAUGUUCAACUUCGUCUUGGGCGCUUUCUGCAUUUCUUCCAACUACGGGUUGGUUGCCAACAACCUCGUCUUCACUUUUGCAUUUUUGGAAAUCUGGCUCAACUUCUUGAUCUACAACAACUUGAAGACCGAAAAGUACACGCGUGUCAAGACUUAUCUUGCGGAGCACGGUGAAGAGCUCAGAAAGACCGCCGACGCGCAAGUCGUGCCUCUUUAG